CUACAACAAAACAUAGAUACUCGCUGUCUCUCGUUGAAGAUGAAGUGAUGUCCUAGUUGAAUAGUCUGCAUUUGUUAAGCCCAUCUGCCCUCCCAGAGAACUGCAUGAGUACCGGGAUCAAAUGGAUGACGCCCAAUAGUAUUGACCUUCGUGUCUUCUACAUCAUCUACCCGCAACAUUUUACCAAGCCAAACCCAACGCCAACGCGCAGUUUUUGAGUGAUUUACUCUAUCUGUUAGAUUCCGUCCGGGCGGACCUUGCUUCUUUAUUAGCCUUGCUUGUGGCUUCGUUCUACGUAGCGGAGAAAAAACCUCUGGAAGAUCAUUCUCAUUUGCGCUUAAGAACCCGACAGAAUGUCUCCUCCGACCUCUCCAUCCUUGCCUGUUUCCCACGGCGCCGCUUCCAGCACCGAUGUCGUUGGGCAAAGCCCUUCCCUGAAGCGCAGCCGGAGUCCGAGCAAAGGCAAAGCAAAAGCUACAGAACUAGUGGACUCUCAGGUGGCUAUCGAUGCUUCAACCGAGGAACUGACAAAGAAGAAGAAGGUUACCUCUUCUACCAGCGAGGACAUCAAGGGAACGCGUCCUCAUGAUGCAACUCUACUUCCGUCGUCCAGCUGCCACAAGAAAACCCCGCUUGUGCUGGGUCACAAGAUUUUUCUGAAGAGACACGACGACACCUCCAGCCGCCACAACGAAGCCACCAGCCCACCACCCGCAUUUUUGCAAAUCUACUACAAGCUCGACGCACUACAGCCUUCCGGGUCUUUCAAGAUCCGCGGGAUCGGGCUGACCGUGCAGAAGGCGAAGUAUGAGGAAAGUUGCACCGGUUGCGUCUGUUCGUCCGGCGGCAACGCGGGGCUCGCCUGCGCCUACGCGUGUUACCAGUACAAUUUGGGCUGCACGAUCAUUCUACCGAAGACCACGCCGAUCGACAUCGCGAGGCCGAAACUGCUCGAGGUGAACCCGUAUGCGGCGCAAAACCAUCGUACUCGUAGUCAUCGUAGGCAACAUGCAAUAAAAAUCACAUUCUGAAGUUAAAUCCGAAUGACAAAUUGCAUUUUUCAUUUUUAGGCAAUUUGUCAUGCUAUUUGCACGUAGUGCGAUACUUUUGCAAUGCAUAAUCCGGACGUGGAAAUCAGAAUAUUCGGCAACGUCUGGAACGAGGCGAAUGAGGAGGCGUUACGGUUAGUAAGGGAAUCUGAAAACGUCAAAACGGAAUCUUCUGCGCAUGAAACGCGGGCUGGUGGCACCACGAUUCGCGUCCAGCAAGUAAAUAUGCAAAAGCUCAAGUACAUCCACCCCUUUGAGGGCGACAACCUGUACGAGGGCCACAGUUCCGUAGUCGACGAAAUCUUGGAGCAACUCCCGGGAAAAGGAGAAAAUUUGAAAGCGAUCAUCACGGCGUGCGGAGGGGGCGGCUUAGCGACCGGGAUUUUGCACGGGUUGGAGAAACACAAGAAACAAAAAGGUGUAAAGCUUUUCAUCGGCGAGACGGUCGGCGCGGACUGCUUUUAUCAGUCCUGUUUGGAGAAAAAACCGGUGACGCUCAAGGCAAUCACCUCGGUUGCGAAGUCUUUAGGUAGUUUGAAUUGCGAAAAACUCUACCGGAAAGUGGCUGGUGAUAAAGAUCACUCGUCCAACGUGUACUCUUUUCGUGUCACCGAUCACGCGGCAGUCAAGGCGGCGAUGCUGUUUCGGAAAAGAGUGCCACAGGUUGUGAUGGAAGAAGAAGGUGGAGAAACAAGAAGCAAGAAACUUUGUCCGAUUCCACUAGUCGAGCCUGCCUGCGGAGCGGCGUUAGCGCUGAUCGACACGGAAGAGGAGGACUUGGCUGGUUUGAAGAAGACAGAUGAGGAAGGACGUGAAAGAACGACUUUAGACAUCAUCCGCUGUUCCAGUAGUACUGACAGCACAGACGAGUGCAAAUUGAAAAUACACGACAUCACGGCGUUCAGUGACAUCUUGCAAGAAGGCGGGGAUGUAGUAGUCGAGGUGUGCGGUGGGCGGAUGGCUUCAGAGGAAAUGAUGAAGAAGUGGUGUAAGGAGCUUGGAGUGGUUUUUGCGUAGAAAAGUCAGAGACCACUUUGAGUCUGAAUUCUCAACCUGAUCAAGACCUUCCAUGAGUACCUACAACCCACUACAACAUGACGGUACCAACCCUUAAAGACAAUGAGAACAAAAAACCGCACUUCCGAAAGAUUAAGAUUGUUUGAGUAGCACUCGCGCGAUGCAGCUGAAAGGUUGCUUCGACCUGGUGCUCACAAAAGCAAAACUCGAC